GCUUAAAUUAUUUGUUUAAAAAAGGAGAUGAUAAAAGUACAAAAACAUGAUUUCAAUAUGUGAUGAGUACCUUUAGAAAACAUACAGUUUAACCCGAGAAUAAACAUGAACCCCUAUAAAAAUGCCAGCCAGAAAAAAGAAAACUCUCAAGAAAAAAAAGAAAGUUUUAGCAACCAAAUCCUCCAAUAAUAAAAAAACAAAGAAAUAUGAAGCCAUAAGUGGUACAUUCUCUAGUGUCUUCAAAAAAACACUACGUAAAAAACAUAAGAAAAGCAAUUUAAAGAAAAUAAAAUGUGAGUCUAGAUUUGAUCUCCAUAACAAUUCAAUCAAAGUAACAGAAAUCAUCAAAACCACUAAGACCAUGCCUAAUUCACACCCGUACCGCCACGGCAGCGAUGGCCUCUCGCCGAAAGAAAAAAGUUAUGUUAUUUGCAGUUGUCAAGCUAGAUCAAAUCGUUACGUAACAUUAAAAACUUUAGCAACACAAGCUAUUCGAGAAGGCAAAAUAUUCUCUGUUUACGGCGCCUGCAAUGCCGUCCGAUUAGCUUUACUGGAACGCGGAUGGGUCGAAAAAAUACCACCCAACAGAAUGAACUUAGCCAAAAUAAGAAACGGUGUAUACACCAGUAAACCCGAAGUACACGGUGAAUUAGAACGAUUACUACUAUCAAAUCUUGUUGAGAAAUACCCUCCUAAUUUUAUUUGGCGAACACGAGAGGAACUUCGGGACACCACCAUUGAUAUGAACAGAGAAAAUUCAAUAAUUGUGAACAAACUUAAAUCUGAUGUUCAAUGGACAUCGAAACAAGGACUAUGUUCAUCGAUGAAAAGAAAUUACUGGUUCUAUAUUGAAGACGUGGCCGAGGUUAUCGGUCCUCGCACAUAUAACACCUACGACAGUGGUGAAAUUGAGGGGUUUGUCAACGACUUCAAAAUAACUGCUUGCACUAGCCUUUUGAAGUGGAUUCUGUCAAUGGUCGCUAACGAUAGACCAGUGUUUGUCGAAACAGGAAAGAUUUCAUUGAAUGUCGUCCUCUUUGCAUUAAAUAGAUGUAAAGAAUAUCUGUUUAGAAAGCAGCAUAAGGAUAUCGAUAGAAGUGUAACUAACGUCAGUAGUGGGCAAUGGAACGCGUUUUUGAAAAAGUACUAUCGCGUAAUUGCUAGAGACGACGUUUUUCAAGUAGAUACUGAAAAUAAGUUGCCACUUUAUCUGAGUUAUGCUAAAUUUUUACUUAAGGAAAUACAUAGAUACCGACCCCAGUUGAGUUGUGAAGGUUGUCACAACAUAUGGAUUAUUAAACCAGCGCAUAAUUCAAGAGGUAGAGGCAUCAGAAUGGCUUCUAGAUUGGCAAUUAUUACUAAUCUUUUAAGUAAGGCUAACGCUAAAUAUGUCAUUCAGAAGUACAUUGAAGAGCCGUUGUUGAUUCACGAAACAAAGUUCGAUAUUAGACAAUAUUGUUUAGUAACAAGUACAUAUCCUUUAGUUAUAUGGAUGUAUAAAGACUGUUACCUAAAGUUCAGUUCACAAAAGUAUAACUUGAAAAAUUACCACGAAUCUAUACAUCUUACUAACAACGCGGUUCAAAGGAAGUACACAAACUGCGCUGGAAGACACGAGGAGCUUCCAACCGCCAACAUGUGGGACUCUGAUAAGUACAAAGAUUACUUGAACAGAAUUGACAAGGGAAAAGUUUGGGACAAAAUCAUUUAUCCCGGAAUGAAGAAAACAAUUAUCGGCAUCAUGUUGAGUUGCCAAGACUCUUUAUCGGUUUGCAAGAAUCGUUUUGAACUCUAUGGUUGCGAUUUUAUUCUCGACAAGGAAUACAAACCGUGGCUAAUUGAAAUUAAUGCAUCUCCGGAUCUCAACCACACUACACCUGUGACCGCCAAGAUUUGUCCCGCAGUUUUACAUGACAUUAUAAAAGUUGUUAUUGAUCGCGCCAACAAUUCGAAGUCGCCAACAGGAAAAUUCGAAUGUAUUUAUCGGCAACCAAUGACCACACCAAGGUAUGGAGGAGCAUUGGAUUUGUUUGUACGAGGCAUAUCGUUGCCGAGUGAAUACUUUUACAAAGGCAACAUUGAAAUAAAAGAAUCAUACGAUGAUGACGUGGAUAUCGAAAAGGAAAAAAACAUUCAAGCAAUAUUAGAAAAGAUUAAACAACAAUCUUUUGAUACUGACAUAAUAAUGAAGGAGCCAGACGACGACAGUGAGGCAGUGUUUGUUAAAAAAGAACAAGAAACAAAUACUCUAAUCAGAGGUUCACGGUCAGAAUACGAACUACAUGUAGCUGCAUCAGUUAUCACCGGGCAGUUGGAUGAACUAAUGGAAAGAGUUACCUCCGAACACAGUGUUGUAAAGGCAAAACUUAAAGCUUCUUUAUCCCCUAAAUCAUUAAUCGCAAAAUUAAAGCCUGCCUUAAGUGCAAAAAGUAUUUCGGAUUUUAAACCUUUAUUGCAGAGUUCGUUAGGCAAAGCCGAGUCUAAUGACGUUGUAUAUAACCAGCGCUCAUUUAAUUUCAGCCACCUGGACGAUGGUCCAGUGGGCAAAGCAAGUGAUGUGGAUGUUGAUAAGUCUCCAAAAAGUAUUUUUAAAAGCCUUAAGCAAGUUGAACCGUUAAAACUACUUAGUAAGCAAGAAAGUAUAGAGAACGCAGGAUCCUCAUCAAUGUCAGAAGACAUGAUAGCGGCUACGUCAAAGCUAAUAAAUUUUAUAAAUAGAAAAGAAAAAGAAUAUUUCAAUGGAUUUCGCUAAGACCGGUUUUAUUUCAAAAAAAUACAAUUCAGAUUGUUUGGAUCAUGGAAAUACGUAACAAAAAAGAAAACUGUUUUUUUUAAAGACUAAAAACAUUUUUUUAAAUAAAAGAACAAUCAACUGCGUCUCGCAUACGAGCUAUUCAUCAAAAUGCACAUUUAAAAGGAGAAGAAAACUAUAAGAGGAAACAGACUAGCAUAAACGUAAUCCUUUAGCUGAAAGCGAAAGCGUUAUGUUUACUCGAGUAUGUACCGUUGAUGAUGCUAAGGGUCCUAGUACUAGCUCCUAAGUUUGUGGAAGUGUGGUGACGCUCUACGCCGUGUGGUGCAGUUUCGCUUCCACAACUGCAACUCCUUUCAGAGUUAACGGUAGACACUCAGACGACUUAUCUUCAAAGGCAUCAAGAUCCAAGAUCUGUCUUUCGAUAAGGAUAAUUAUUCCUAUUAAGAAGACAGCUUAGUUUAUUCGUUCGGACAGAGGUUAUCUGAGGUGCUCACGAACACAUCAGCUGUUACAGUCACUUAAAGAGGGAGAAAAUUAUGUGAUCGAAGAAAGAUCCUUAAUUUUCCAACAAGGAAUUGUCCACAACCGCAAGAUCAGAUUCUUAUGCUAAUGAUCUUUGAGUGCAGCGUAUAAGUUAUCAAGUCAAUAAUUGAAGGACUUCUUUUCCACUGAGUCUUGGACCCUACUAAAUAAAAUUACACUGUACCGAAUACCAGUUCUUUGCAAGAGUCCAACAUCCUCUAUAAAGAUUCGCGAACAAAUAUUAUCAGUCUAAACUGAGGUUAUGCUAAAUAACAUCAAUCACUUUCAAAUGGUAUACUUACAUUUAAGUUUAAUACAUUAUUUUACAAAAAAACAUAUAUUUAUACACAUCAUGAUGUAAAAUAUACAAAAGUUCUAAAUAGAAUGUAUGUACUAGCUCGUACUUAUUGUGCAAUAAGUAAGACUUAUAAUUUUGUUCAUAAAAGUUUUUAAUUAUUUACUAAGAUAGUAUAGUAUGACCAUAACAAUUCAAUCAGCCUUAUAAUGUAUCCAAUCUGCCAACCUAAUAAAAUCUUAAGGAUAUCCACGA